AUGCUUGCUAAUGGUGAAUAUGUAGAUGGUUCAUGGUUAUUAUCAAUCUAUAUACAUGAUUUAAAUAUUCAACGUGAUAUACGUGUACAUGGUGAAUGGUCUAUUAAUGAAUUAAUUACACAAUUAAUUGAUGGUUUAAUAUGUCCCCAAAGGAAAUUAUUACAAUCCAAUGAAAUAAGUUUACAUUCUAAUCAUAUUAAAAUGAAUUGGGAAGAUUAUGGUUUAUGGUGGCCAAUAAAAUCCAAAUGGUUAUUAAAAACUAAAUUAAGUUUAAAUCAAUAUGGUUUACAAGCAGAUGCUAAAUUACAUUUUUUAUCCAUAUAUGGACAAUUAAAUAUACAAUUACCCGAUUUACAAAUACGUAAAUUUAUUGAUAUCAAUUUUGCUGAACCAGUUUAUCGUGUUACAUUAUCUAUAUGUCAUUAUUUAAAUAUAAGACAUUCAGAAGAAUUAUCAUUAGGUUAUCCUAUUCAACAGAAUGAUUUAAAACAUUCACGUUUUAUACCAAAUUCUAUAAAUAAACAUGAUCAGACAUUAUUGAAUACAAAGAAAUAUUCAACAUUUCAACGUAGUGCUACUAUAAAUACAACACAUUCACAAUAUAAAACAUUACAUAAAGAAUCAUUAUUUCAAAUGAAUAAUGAAAUGAAUAUAAAUCAAUCUCAACAACAAGAUGAUGAAGGAUCUAUGAAAAGUUCUAUAUUAUCAAAACAUUCAAUUCAAUUAUAUGGUCCACCAAUAAUACGUGAUAAACGUCAUCAUUAUUAUUCUAUAAGACAUAAUUCAAGAAAUUCGAAUCAUCAAACAACCUUAUCAUCAAUUCCAUUUAAUUUACGUAUUGUAGAUGAUCCAUCAUUAAUUUAUAGUCCGAUUAUUCAUAUAGAUGAGGCUAUACAAAAUCAUUUAAUUGUAAGACCAAAUAAUUAUAUACAACGUAUACGGUUAAAUACAAUAUGGUUAGAUUCAUCUAAAUCAUUAUUAGAACAAGGUAUAACUAUGUUAGGGUAUAAUCCUUCCUCUUCUAUUUCUUCGUCUUCUAUGAAUCGACCUAAUUCAUCAGGACAAGUACAAAAUGAUGAAUAUACAAAGUUAUCAAAUAGCAACAAAGAUAAUAAUACAAUACCAACAUUAAUUCUACGUUAUAAAUAUGGUAUCUAUUAUGAUUUAAAUAUAAAAUAUGAUUUAAUACGUAUUAAUCAAUUAUAUGAACAAGCGAAAUGGUCAAUUCUAUCAGAAAUUUAUGAUGUAACAGAUGAAGAAGCAUGUUUAUUUGCUGCAUUACAAUGUCAAGUUGAACUAGCUACUGAACAAGAAACAUUAAUGAAUGAUGAAAAUUUAUUGAAUAAUGAUAAUGAUAAUGAAGAACAUAAAGGAAUAAAUGAUACCAUAGAUACAAAUGAUAAACAACAAUUAGUUAAUUGUUCACUUGAUAAAAGUAUCAUUGAUAAUUGUAAUAAAAAUAUGAAAAAAAUGAAAUCCACAUUGAUGAAACAUAAUCGUGAUAUUUCACCAUUAGGUGGGUAUUUACAUACAACAGGUUAUUAUUCUAUGAAAUCAUCCACAACAACAACACCUUCAAGACCAUUAAGUACUAUUGAAUUAGAUCAUGAAAUUGAUAUUAUGCUUGAUGAAUUAUCCAUUGAUUGUUUACAAAAUAAAGAUUCUAAUCGAUUAUCUAAUGAUAUUCAACAUUCUAAACUUAAAGAACAUUCAAUACGUCCAUUACGUUUAUUGAAUACUUCAAAUCAUAAUGAAGAUGAUAUAGAUAGUUUAAUGAAUCAUGAACAAUAUGAUAAUGAUAAUCAAUAUAAUUUACCUGAAUUGAAUACUUAUGUCAAAAUAUGUAAACCAAGAAAAUUUGGAUUAAAAGUAUUUCAUCGUUACUAUAUAUCUAUUAAAGGAAUUGAAUUAUAUGUUUAUAAGAACAAAGAUGAUUAUUUAUCAAAUAGUGAUACUGUUGAAGUAAUCUAUUUACCAGGAUGUGAAAUACAAUCAGAUUUAUGUAUUACUAAUGAAAAAUUUAAUAUACGUUUAUUUGUUCCAAUAACACGUACUAAUUUACCAUUAUCAUCUGCAUUUGCUUCAUAUCAAUCAAAUAAGAUACAAACAAAUGAUGAAGAUCCAACUAUAAGUAGUAAAUUAAAACGUAGAGCAUCAUUAUUAUCAUUAACUUCAUUAUCCCAUUUAAGUAAUGCUCUUGGUAUAUCAUCAUCAUCAUCAUCCUCAUCAUCAUCACAUCAUCAUACACAGAAUGGACUCAUUAAUAUAAGUGGUAUUGGUGCAUUAACUGGUUCAUCUGCUACUAUGACUGGUCUUAUCAAUGAAUUAUGGUUACGAUUUUUUAAUUUAAAUGAUUACAUAGAUUGGUUAACAAUAUUACGUAUGACAACAGCUAUACAAUCAACAAUCAUGCUUCAUUCUUAUACAGAUAUCUCUAAUACAUCAUCUAAGAAAUCAUCUAAGAAACAACAGAUUAUUCUUUCUUCUUUAUUAAAUCGUUCCACAUUCAAUAUAGAACAUAAAGCAAUUACAAAUCUUAUCAAUUUAUUAUCACCAAAUUGUUUAAAUCUUAAACAAACAAAUAAUGAAAUGAUCAAUUUAACUAGAUUAUAUAAUCAUUUAGAGAAACGUUUCAUUGAUCUAUUACCAUUAAGAUUAGGUUAUUUAAAAGUAUCACAAAGAACAUGGGAUUAUAGACGAGAUCAUUAUUAUAAUCAAUAUGAUAGUUUAUUAAAACGUUCAAAUACUUUAACAAAUCAAGAUAAACCUCCGAUUCAUUCACAAACUAUACAAACACGAACGAAUUUUAUUCAACGUAUUGCAUCUAUAUAUAGUCAAAUUAAUAAUUUAACUAGUUUACAAUGUAAAUUAAAAUAUAUUAAUUUCUUAUAUUUCCGUGCAUCCAUUACUUUCCGUUCAAUGUCUUCUGUGAAGGAUUGUACAUGUGACAAGUUAAACUCUUUCAAAAGUCCAUGGUGUGAUGCUGACUGUUUUGUUGUAAUCACAGGUGCAAGUCGUGGAUUUGGUCGGGCGUUCGCUGUGGAGCUAGUAAAGUCAAUGUCAUCUGGGGAAGACCAUGCUGCUUCCUUAAAUGUUUUACUAAUGGCUCGUGAUGUUAAUGCUCUUCGUGUAACGGAGUCUGAGAUGUAUGCUUCAUUAUCAACUAAUUCCAAAAUGAAAUUAACUAUACUAGUAUCAACAUCAUCACUUGAUAUGUCCAAUGCUAAUAAAGAUAAUUUAUUAAAUGAUUUAAAACCAUUAUUUCAAUUAAAUUCAUUAUAUCCUAUUCAAUCUAAUAUAAAAUGUCAAUGGAAUAUGCUUGUACAUAAUGCAGCUACAUUAGGUAAUAUCAAGUCGAAAUCAUAUGAAUGUUAUAAUAUUGAUAUAUUAGAUACAUAUUAUCAUACUAAUUUAACUGCACCUAUCUUAUUAACAAAUUUAUUUAUAGAAUAUUUCAUUACUAAUCAUCAACCUAUUACUAUAGUGAAUAUAUCUAGUUUAACAGCUAUUCAACCAUUUCCAUAUAUGUCAGAUUAUUGUAUUGGUAAAUCAGCUAGAGAAAUGUAUUUUAAAUGUUUAUCUAUAGAUAAUCCAUCAUUAGCUAUAUUAAAUUAUUCUCCAGGACCAUUAAAUACAAAUAUGUUAACAGAAAUCAUAGAAAAUCAUGGUCAUCUAGAUACACGUAUUCAAUUUAAUAAUAUGAAAUUAAAUCAUCAAAUUAUUGAACCAAAUGAAUCAGCUCGUGUAUGUAUUGGAUGGCUUAAAAAACAAAUACCAAUAGAUCCAUCUAAUAUAAAUUCUAUACCGAAAUUAAUACAUUGUUUAAUACAUGAUAA